UGAAUCAGGGCUGCAGGUGCGUACUUUUGCUUAGGAUAUGAACUAAAACCUGUGCGGCACAUUUUACGUCGAAAGUAUCAGCUAACUCUUAGAAGUUCGAGCUGAUCGAUCGACAACUGCGCAUUCGUGCGGGAUAGCAUCAGUUUUCAGUUGCGGUUCGACUUGUGCAUCGGCAAUAUCGGCGUCUACGGCUGUUGUAGAAGCGUUGAAUGACUCGUCGAGCACUUUAGCAUCAUUUAUUAAGAAUUUUCAAUAUGGCGCGGCACUGUACAUCGAAGAUGUUUCAAAAGAAUAAUAUUCUCGUUCUCGAAGAUAGCGAGCACUCGUUUUUAAUUCUGGGUAAGGACCUGAUGGAAUCCAUACGAGGAUCAUCGCCCGAUGAAGGAGUGUCAGAUUGCGAUUAUAGGCAGGACGAGCAGUCGGCCGUUUCGAGUGUGAGUAACUGUAACUGCAAUACAGCUACUGAUAACAAAGUGGACCUAUUAUUGAAAGCUGAGCAGAAGAAUGUUGAAGGAUCCGAAAACAAUACCGUGAUGCAGGAGCAUGAGUACGAAAAAAAAAUAACAACGUUCCAGGAUGAAGUUGCAUUAGCCUUACGCGAAACGUCUAAAAAUCGUCGUAUGUUAAGAUCCGUAGGAGGAUCCAUCGAUGAAAUCGACAGUGCGUUGGAUUACAUGGAACAGUCGGUUCAUUCCACAAUUUACUUAACGAGCGCUGAGAUGUCCCGAUCAUCGGCAACGGUGGAGACUCAGGCUGCUAUCAGUAGUAUGGAAAAGGCAUCGGUAAGCGCAUCCAUCGAAUCUUUGAUCCAGGAUGCUAUGAACGAAACGGAGGAGCAAUGGAGGGGAACGAGCUGGGAUCAAACAGAGUUUUCUGCAGCGGAUUCGAGGAAGCUGCAAGACCAUUUGCAAAAAAGGAACACGUCCGAUGUAGAUCCGAGAGAUUUGGAAAUCAUGCACUUGAAGCUUAUGAAUAAGGCACUGAGAGAGCAGAACGAACGACUGAAAAAUAAAGUAAGAGGAUGCUCUAUCGAGCUAGAAAAUUCAAAGUUAAAAGAAGAAAUGGUUAAUCUAAAUCAACAGCUAGAAAGUCUUGGAAAUAUAGAAGAUGUCUUUUCCGAAAUUAUGACUCAGCUGGAAACUUACGAAAAGAUAAUAGACGUGCUUAGAGAUGAAAACUUGACGAAAGAUUUCAGAGCCAUCAAAAUCGAGAAUGACGCCUUGCUUAUGGAAAAGAAUAAAUGGUCAGAAGAGCGAGGGAGUCUGCACGAAUCAAACAAACUACUUAAAUAUGAACUGAAGUUAACCGAAGAGAAGUGCGAAAUAUUGAAACAAGAAAUCGACUUGCUGAGAACGAAAUCUGGCACAAUUCAAGUGGAUCUUGACAAUACGAAAGCCGAGCUUGCAGAAGCACGCAGGACGAUUUCUGAGUUGCAAGCACAAAAUUCCGAUCUACAAGAGACUGAGAUCUCGGCUGAUGUUUACAAUAGUCGAAUCGAAAAACAAGAGAUCGAUAUUUUGCGAUUAAGAGCAACUGAAAAGAGUUAUUUAUGUCAGAUAGAGUUACUUACUGAUGAAAACAAAAUACUUCGAGAUUAUAUCAAUCAUACAUUUCUAAACUAAUAAAUGCGUAAAAGGCAAAAGUUCCACAUAGCAUACACAGAUUCGGAAUAGACAAAGAUACUAUACGUAUAUUUUUUACAAUCAAUUCCUAUGUAUUAUUACGAAUACUAUGUAUACAAUAUACAAUAUACUUUAUGUUUAUAAGCAACAAGAUUUAUAUUAAAAUGUAUAAAUAAAAAACGUUCGUUAUACGUA